CCUCUGUCUUCUACUGGACCCUUUUUCUUUCUUUCUUCCUGUCGAUUUGUUUUUAGACUGGAUUUUCAGAUGAGGAGAGUUUGGCUUUUGUAGGAAGGAGUGUGUUUUUUUCCUCUCUUCUGUAGAGUCCAGCUGUAAAUGAUCCGUGUGUUUCCUCGCCGAUUAACUGUUAGACUUGGUGCAGCGGAGGAUCCUAGUGCCCGGGCAGCCUGUCACUACUUCUUUUUGUUACGAUUCUCACUUAGUUUCUGUUUCGAUCUGGCUUUGUGCGAAAUAUGCGGAGGCUGCAGGAGUUCCAGCGUAGUCUGUCCCCUGCUAGAAACUCUGCUUGUAGUGCUUUGAGGAGGAUUCGGAAAAUAGCGGCGCUUGGCUUGUUUAAAUCGCGUGCGUUCUCGCAGGGAGCCUUCCGGGAGGACUUUGGCGUGUUAAGACUUGGCCGGUGAAAUUGUGCGGAGCUCCGCAGCGGCCGCUUUGCCCGUAAAUCCCCUGAGCGCGGCCGGGGCAGCUGCAAGGUGACAGCGAGGUUGUAAAUAAUAUGUACGAGACCGACCCUGAUCUCCUUGCUGGCGAAAGUGCAGAGGAGGAAACAGAGGACAGUAUUAUGUCCCCCAUCCCUGUCGGACCUCCAUCACCCUUUCCCACGAGUGAGGACUUCACUCCCAAGGAGGGCUCACCUUAUGAAGCUCCUGUCUACAUUCCUGAUGACAUUCCAAUCCCACCAGAUUUUGAACUCAGAGAAUCUUCGAUUCCAGGGGCAGGGCUAGGGAUUUGGGCCAAAAAGAAGAUUGAAGUUGGGGAAAGAUUUGGACCUUACAUGACAGUACAGAGGAGCACGUUAAAGGAAACGAACUUUGGAUGGGAGCAAAUACUGACUGAUCCUGAGGUGUCUUCCCAAGAGGGCAAUAUUAAAAAGAUUGCUGAUGACCUGGGAAAUGAGAAAUUCUGUGUUGAUGCUAGCCAGAGCGGAGCCGGGAACUGGCUGAAAUACAUCCGUGUGGCCUGUUCCUGUGAUGAACAGAACCUAGCCGUGUGUCACGUUAAUGACCAGAUCUAUUAUAAAGUUAUUAAGGAGAUUGAGCCGGGAGAAGAGCUCUUGGCGUACAUGAAGGAAGGUGGCUAUUCGCUUGGGAACAUGGCGCCCAGCAUGGAAGAAGAGCACACGUUUCGCUGCGAGGACUGCGACGAGCUCUUCCAGUCCAAGCUCGACCUGCGGCGGCACAAGAAGUACGCCUGCAGCUCUGUGGGCUCGCUCUAUGAGACGCUGAACGAGGAGAUCAAGCAGGAGGGUCUUGGAGAUGGACAGGUCUAUGAGUGCAAAGACUGUGAGAGGAUGUUCCCCAGUAAAUACAGCUUGGAGCAGCACAUGGUGAUCCACACGGAGGAAAGGGAGUACAAGUGCGACCAGUGUCCCAAGGCGUUCAACUGGAAGUCCAACCUGAUCCGUCACCAGAUGUCUCAUGACAGCGGGAAACGGUUUGAAUGCGAAAACUGUGUGAAGGUGUUCACCGACCCCAGCAACCUCCAGCGGCACAUCCGCUCCCAGCACGUCGGCGCGCGAGCCCACGCCUGCCCGGACUGCGGCAAAACCUUUGCCACCUCGUCUGGCCUCAAACAGCACAAGCACAUUCACAGUACUGUCAAACCUUUCAUAUGUGAGGUCUGUCACAAAUCCUACACGCAGUUCUCCAACCUCUGCCGUCACAAGCGGAUGCACGCGGACUGUCGCACUCAGAUCAAGUGCAAGGACUGUGGCCAGAUGUUCAGCACUACCUCUUCUCUCAACAAGCACCGGCGCUUCUGCGAGGGCAAGAACCAUUACAACCCAGGGGGGAUUUUUGCCCCUGGCCUACCCUUGACGCCCACCUCCAUGAUGGACAAAUCCAAGCCCUCUGCCAACCUCAACCACGCCAGCCUGGGAUUUAAUGAUUAUUUUCCGUCCCGUCCACACCCUGGGGGUCUUCCAUUCACCCCCGCCCCUCCAGCGUUUCCUGCCCUCGCUCCAGGAUUCCCAGGGAUUUUCCCGCCCUCCCUGUACCCCAGGCCUCCGUUGUUACCGCCCACGCAACUGCUCAAAAGUCCCCUCAACCACACUCAAGACGCAAAGCUUCCGAGCCCCCUUGGGAACCCGGCACUUCCUCUGAUUUCUGCAGUGAGCAACAGCAACCAGGCCACUUCAGGAGAGGAGAAAUGUGAAAGCGGCCUGGAAAACUCCUAUCUGGAGAAGCUAAAAGCCAGGAACAGUGACAUGUCGGAUGGCAGUGACUUUGAGGACGUCAAUACAACCACAGGCACAGAUCUGGAUACCACUACUGGCACCGGCUCUGACCUGGACAGCGAUGCAGACAGCGACAGGGACAAAACGAAAGAGAAAAGCAAACAGAUGGAGAGCAAGCCGGAUUUUGUCAGCAGUUCUGUCUCUGCAAGUUCCACUAACAACCCCAGCGAGAUCCCCCUCUUCUAUUCUCAGCACUCCUUCUUUCCUCCCCCAGAAGAGCACUUGCUACCUACCACAGGAGCAGCCAAUGACUCUAUUAAAGCUAUUGCCUCCAUUGCAGAGAAGUAUUUUGGGCCUGGCUUUAUGGGGAUGCAAGAGAAGAAGAUGGGUUCGCUCCCCUAUCAUUCCAUGUUCCCGUUUCAGUUCCUCCCCAAUUUUCCCCAUUCCCUCUAUCCGUUUACGGAGCGGACCCUCAACCACAACUUGCUGGUCAAGGCCGAACCAAAGUCACCCAGGGACCUCCACAAAGUAGGCAGCACCAGCUCAGAGUCGCCCUUCGAUCUCACCACAAAGCCAAAAGAGAUUAAGCCAAUCUUGCCACCACCGAAGGUCCUGCCAGCCCCAGCCUCAGGGGAAGAACAGCCACUGGAUCUAAGCAUCGGCAACCGCAUCCGAGCCAGUCAGAACGGAGGAAGAGAGCCACGGAAAAACCACAUCUAUGGGGAAAGGAAACUAAUGGCAAGUGAAGUCCUACCCAAGAUUUCUCAGUCUCAGCUGCCUCAGCAACCACCCCUGCAUUAUGCUAAGCCAUCACCCUUUUUCAUGGACCCCAUUUACAGCAGGGUGGAGAAGCGGAAGGUGACAGAUCCUGUGGGUGCCCUAAAGGAGAAGUACCUGCGACCCUCCCCGCUGCUUUUUCACCCCCAGAUGUCCGCCAUAGAAACGAUGACGGAGAAGCUGGAGAGCUUUGCAGCCAUGAAGGCAGACACUGGCACGUCCCUGCAGCCCCUGCCACAUCACCCCUUCAACUUCCGAUCCCCGCCGCCUACGCUCUCCGAUCCCAUCCUGCGCAAGGGCAAGGAGCGCUACACCUGCAGGUACUGUGGUAAGAUCUUCCCGCGCUCAGCCAAUCUGACACGGCACCUGCGGACACACACUGGAGAACAGCCCUACAGGUGUAAAUACUGUGACAGGUCAUUCAGCAUUUCUUCCAACCUCCAGCGGCAUGUUCGAAACAUCCAUAACAAGGAGAAGCCAUUUAAAUGUCACCUGUGUAACCGAUGCUUCGGGCAGCAGACCAACUUGGACCGACACCUUAAGAAACACGAACACGAGAACGUUCCAGUGAGCCAGCACUCUGGAGUCGUUACAAACCACCUUGGGACCAGUGCCUCUUCCCCAAACUCGGAAUCAGACAACCAUGCACUUUUAGACGAGAAAGAGGAUUCGUAUUUCUCUGAAAUAAGAAAUUUUAUUGCAAAUAGUGAGAUGAAUCAAGCAUCAACUUUAGCAGAUAAAAGGCCAGAAAUCCAGGAUAUUGAUGGCAAUUCCCAGUGUCAUGGAUUAGCGAAUGAGAAAACAGAAGAUGUGGAUGAUGAAGAUGAAGAACUGGAAGAGGAAGAUGAUGACAGCCUGACAGGGAAGUCACAGGAUGAAACAGUAUCGCCCACCACAGAGCCCCGAGGAGCAUUUGAGGAUGAAGAGGAUGAAGAGCCCACAUCUCUCACCAUGAGCUUUGACCACACCCGAAGGCUUAUGCAAUGAUGCUGUCCCUGUCUGAGAACGCUCCCCUCCACACGUCCUCCCAGAGCUCUCUGGGUGCUUGGUUGGACAUGGCAGGAGCAGCUUCAGAGUCGGGGACCUUUAACCCCAUCAACCACCUCUGAGAGGUCACCAAGGCACUGGCCAGAGUCCAAGCGAGGAGGCGGUGGUGCUGCAAUUGUCCUAGCAAAAAUCCUAGCAAGCGGAAGAUGGAUGAGAGGGCCUCAGGGAGUCGUCUGGGCUUUUGGCUGGGAAAGAAACCCGUCGCAUCUGACCUACAACUCCUGAAUUUUAUCUAUCCACAGUUCUCAUUUCUAAUUUAUCAGCAUGAACCUCUCCCAAACUGGAUAACCCUGAUGCAACCCUAGGAUUUCACAAUGUCUAAGAGUAGCAUAAACAAGGCAUGAAUUGCAGUGGUGCAAUCAAGUAUUGGCCCCUUUAACAUAACAAGACAGUAUCACCGAGCCAGUAGAGCUUGCCUAUAAAUGAAAGCUUGAAACCAUUUGGUAUCCUAGCCUUUCAAUUCAGCUGAAUAGUGAAAUAAUAAGGAAAAACCUAGAGCUGGGCGUGACCUAUCCCUGGUGCAAUUCUGUCGCAGUCCCUGGAGUUACACCAAGGAAAGGUAAACGCACCCCAUUUAAUUGACCUCUAAAAGCACUUGAAAUUCUGUACUCCCACAGAAAUACCGUCCUAUCCUUUGUUCCCAACGAAACACGCCCGCAGAGCGCAAAGCCUCUUCGCUGGGAGCCCACGCUGCAUGCAGUCGGGAUACGCUCUACGCGGUGUCCCCACGGAGAAAUCUCCAGCCUGGAGCGUUGCUGAGGUUGGAGGUUUUGACGUACCAUGCGAGUACGUGGUGCGCGGUCGUGGGCGGUGACCUGAAUGCGCUUCGGUCUGGGCCCACGCUGCAAGGCUGGGAGUGCUUUCCGUCCCUGUUAGCGGCUGUCGGCUCAAGCUGCUGCUGGACUCAGAGCGUCCCGAGUGUUGCAGAAGAGCCGGGCUCGGGGUGUCUGCUGGUGAGUGGGGCGGUCGCGCUCUGCCCCGCUCCGGCCUGAAUGCCCUCGGGACUAAACUGCUGAAAACGCUUGGACUUUUCCCAGACAGAGAGCUCCCGUGGCUGAACCCCGACCUGAAAAGGUGUAGCUGUGUGUAAGAAAGCAGGUGGAGUGGGCAGGUCUGGCCUUAAGGGCAAUUUAGACGUAUCUUCUGAGUUACCUCCCAGGGUUUUGCAGUGAUAGCCUGUCUGUGUUGGUGGGGUCCGGGGACUAUGGCAGAAACUUGCAGCUCCAGGAGCUGUUCGGGUUGCUGGGAGGCUGCUUACGCACAGGACACUGUCGUAAUUUGCCCCAUCGUUUAAAUAGGUCCAAAUCCCCUUGCUUCAGCAGCCUCAGAGGCGCAAUACCUCUAUUCAGACACGGCGCUGAGAACAGUACUGGCUCUCUGAGUUGCCUCGCAGUCUCCUCAUUUUUUACUGAUGCAAAGCAGUCUCCAGAAACACUGCGGUGUUUGUGCUGUUCCGCCUUGUAAUAACAAUCCAGCGUUGCGGCAGUGAUUUUACAGGUGGAGAUGAAUCGCAGAGCACUAGAAAGGCAGGAGAUCUAUUGCAAAUAACAACAUUGGCUGCACAGGUAGAGUUUACAAUAUACGCCCUGAGAAUUUUCUAGCUACAGCAUCACAAAAAUUAAAAGCGCCGCGGACUGUGAGCGAAGGCAGGUAGGUCCGCGUGCCUUCUGCGCGAAGGUCCGUUCGCAGCCGGUGAAGCCCAGAGGAACUUUCCGUAUCGAUUUCAGCACGCUUAGGGCUGCGUGUGCUUCUGGUAAGCGUUGUAGCUGGAGGAGACUGCUUGCAGACCGGGGUUAAUGGCUGGUCUGAGAGCGGCUGCCCGCGGCGGUCAGUAUAUAAGCCCGUAGAUCCUGGAGAUGCUCGGGGUCUCUGCCGACUUCGCACGCAGAAGAGCAGUGGCAGCUGCUGGGCUAGCCCGGUACGGAGAGAGCAGGCACGGAGCCGAAUCCCAGCGUGCCGAAACGCAGGAGGCAGCUGCUCGGAUCACGUGCAGGCGCUGUCGGGAGCGAGAGCCUGGGGGUUCGCGCCGUGCACCCCGCGUGGCCCGGGAGGGAAGGUGCUUGGGUGUCUCUGGUUCGCCAGGAACAAAGUCUAAAUGGGCAGCAUCAGUCAUUUUCCCGGAAAAAAACACCCUUCCUGGUCGGUUUUCUGCAUCAGCCCGUGAAAGUGCCCAAGGCUCGGAGCUCAGCAGUCAGUGAAACCCAGACUGUUUCACGCAUUUGCACAAGGCUCUUGGCCAAACGCAGCCCGAGAGCUGACAACGUCUAAAGGAGCCGGGCUCUGAGCAGGAGCCGGACCGGUCCCGGCCCGGCACAUCUGCCCGCUGCCGCGCCAGCGCAGCCCGGCCCGGGCGCUUGGCCUUUAAAUUACUCCCACGGGGGCCAACCGAAAACAAAAAGAGCGUUGUUUCUUCUCCGGAUGGAAUUUAUUUUAAUCUGUAUAUAACUUGUAAUUUUUUGCUAAUUCUUUUCUUAUUUUAUUUCUUCCUUAACAGUAUUUUUUGCAUUAGGUAUCAUGAUUGUGAAGAAAUAAUGUUAAUAUAAGUAUGUAGUGAAGGACCAAAAUUGUGUAAUUAAGGUUGUGUGUUGUAUGCCUGAUACCCAGGGAGCGGGAAGAUUUUGCUGCCGUGCCAAACGCCCCCGGAUCGUCCUGCUCCUCCCGCUGCCCGGCUCCCAGGCAGCCGGGCGUUUUGCUCCCUCUGCGUUUGAGGGACAGUCGCAGUCAGACGAAGGGUCCUAUUUAUUUCCUGUGGCGGUCGGAGAAGAGGAGAAGCCUUGACCGAGG